AAUUGAUUGGUGGAGACAACACGUGACCAAACAAUUGGCAGACAAUUUCACAGACAAUACAAAAGCAAUUGAUUGGAUAUCACCGACAGAUCCAUCCGUUGGCCACUAAUACUCGACACAAACCGUUGGUUUGGAUCCACCGAUUGAACACACAAUACGAUAACAAUGGCCGACAACACCACUAUCACCACAACCUCCUCCACAGCAGCCGACAAACCAACCGCAACGACGGCAGACCCGGUGUCCACCACUGCCUCCACUGUCACCACAUCCACACCCAUACCCGUCAACGAGUCGGACGCCGAGAAGAGCAACAGUUUAGGCAUACCGUACGCCGAGUUUGUGUCAGAUGUGGACGCGUUUAUGUCGCGGACGGAAAACGACGCAAACGCCACACAAGUGUUGAAACGUUUGGACGAAUCGCACACUAAAUACCGUUUUAUGGAACAGAAUCUGAUGCAGAAGAAGCGUCGGCUCAAGAAACAGAUCCCAGACAUCGAGACCACUAUUGAUGUCCUCAAACUUGUCAAACACCGACGGGAUAACAAACAGGAGACGGAAACCCAUUUCAUGCUCUCGGAUCAGGUGUACAUGAGGUCCACAAUACCGGCCACCGAUAAAGUGUGCCUCUGGUUAGGUGCGAACGUAAUGCUGGAGUACACGAUAGAAGAGGCGGAAGUGUUGUUGACCAAGAACUACGACACCGCCAACAAGAAUCUGCAGCAAAUCGAGACCGAUCUGGACUUUUUGCGCGAUCAGAUCACCACAACCGAAUCAGCCAACAAGAAUCUGCAGCAAAUCGAGACCGAUCUGGACUUUUUGCGCGAUCAGAUCACCACAACCGAAGUCAAUAUGGCUCGUGUCUACAAUUGGGACGUCAAACGGCGCCAAUCGCUCAAGAGUCAGGCCGGCGGUGACGCCUCGGCCACAGCGGCCAGUGUUUUGGCCGCCGCUACGGCCUCUACUACGGCCGCCGCCGCAACCAGUUCUUAA